AUGUCCAAAUCAGGCAUAGAACCCAAAGCUUCGUCUACGGCUGUUAAAUCUCAAGAUCAACGGUCCUUAAGAAAUUAUCUUAAGAAUUCCAGAAACAAUGAAACAUUUGGUUCAACAUACUCCGAUGAAUUGACCGAUUGCAAUUUAGGAACAAAAAUGUCAAGCAAUGAAAAAAAAUUACAAAUGGAUAGUAUGUAUUCAUCAUUUGGUGGCCAAUCUUUGGGAAUUUUUGAACUAGAAAACAUGUCUGAUAUAGGUAAUAAUAUAUACAAUAAAGAAUCGUUACAAUACAAUAUUCAUAAUAACCAAUCUGUUUUGCAACGUCGUUUAAGUCAAGCCACUCAAGCUAGAAAUACUCUUGCUAGAGCAAGUUCAAUAAAAAAUAUUGUUAAUAAUAACGAAGUUAAUAAGCAGAAUGUCAGGUCAUCUUUAAUAAAUGUAACCAAUUCAUUCAACGAAAUGUUGAAAAGCAAUAUUAAUGAUUCAUGCAGUUCAUUUUCAAGUAAUGAUUUUAUAAGUGGUAGUGACUUUAAGGAAAAAUUAGCAGAAACUGAAGAAAUCAAUCGCAAAGAAUUUGGAUCAUUAUCUGAAAGUCGUUUUGAUUUUUCUUUGGAAGGAGAAAAGCAGUCCAAUGAAAAUGCAUCAUUUGCUGCUAAUUAUUUUGCUGCUAAAAGUAUACCCGUAGAAGACUUAUCUGCAAUUUUUCCUAAAAGAAAAAACUGUAAUAACACAUUUACUAAAGAGUUAAAAGGAAGUUCCUUUUUAGUUCCAAGUGAUAUUAAAAACAACCCAGAAGAUCAACAAGCACAUAUAGGUUACAAGACAAUGUCUUCAAUUACAUCUUGGACUGACAGCCAUGUAUCCAAUAAUUUGUUAAACUUAACAAGUUUGUCUGAUAUUUCUGAAGUAUUAACAUCUAAAACGAAUUUAGCUAACCCAAAAGAAUUGACCGAAAUAUUGCUAUCUGGAGAUUUUCAAUCUUUAGAAAAUUGUAGUUUUAUUUCUCCUCAAAAAAAGAUUGCAAGUAUCCAUGAAACAACUUUAGAAUUGAAUAAAAGUAUUAACUCGGAAAAAAAUUAUGAUAAUAAAAGUGAAAUAUGUAUAAAUACUUCAAAUCAGUAUACACCAAACAAGUACAAUUCAUCCAAUAAUUUUAAUAAGAAACAAACACAAACCCAAAUAAAUGAAAGUUGUCAUUUUUUUUUGACUCCUAAAAGUGGAUAUUUUGAAGACUGCACAUUGGGAACAUCAGAUAUAUUAGACAACAAUAUUGAUCUUUCAAAUUUUUCUAUUUUAACUAAUAAUCAUGAAGUUCUGACCGAAAUAUCUUUAGAUAAAUCUACCAAUAUUUCUAAAAUUGUCCGUUGUAAUGAAUCUAUAAGUCGAGAUAAAUUAAAUCAGUCAAACGUUCAAGAUUACAGAAAAAUUAGUAAAACGCUUGAAAUUGGUGAUGUAUGUAUUGGAACUUACUCUCAAGCUGUAAUUACAUUAGAAAAUCAAUUAACCAUUGAAGCUAAAUACACAUUAUAUUUAUUGCACACAUCACUUAACCAUAUCAAUGAUUUUAAACUUGAUGAAAAUAAAGCAAUUGGAUCUAAUGCAGCAACUAUAUUCUGUUCAGAUAAAACUUGCAUUAUACCACCAUUAUCUGAAGCUUCAUUUACUGUUGGGAUUAUUCCCUUAGUUUCUGGAAGUAUAAAUAUUUAUAUAAAACUUAAAAGUGAUGAUAUAUCCCAAGAAAUUUAUCGUAACAUUCAAAUUCAUUCUAUUGAGCCUCAAGUUUCAUGGAUAAAUAACUCUUUUGGCUCUAUAGAUUUUGGUUUAUUACCAGAGUUAACAAAAAAGUCAUUACCAAUCAAGUUAAUGAACAAAGGAACAUUCCAAGUUCCUAUAAAAUUUAUUUUAAACCAGGAUAACUGUGAUGACAUUAUUCAGGCUAAAGCCAUUCUAAACCCAUCUGAAUUGUGGCAAUGUGAUGUGAACAUGUUAACAACUCAUUUUUCGAAAACUAAUUCGAAACUAACUGGUCGUCUUCAAGUAGUUUUAGAUUCUGUUGAACAAUUGUCCACCAAUUAUUCGCCAUUGUUAUACUGUUGCAAUUUAACAGGACGUGUCGGUUUUACAUCUAUCUCUUUUGAUCAGAAUCCUUUAUUAUUGCAAAAAUCUGGGCAGUAUUCAUUGAAUGGUACUAUAGAAAUAACCAACAAUAGUGAAAUUCCAAUUAGUUUAAGUGUACUACAAAAUAAUAAACAAUGUGGAGUAUUUACAAUUCAGCCUGAUAAAUUCAAAUUAGCUGUUAAAGAAAAAGUUAAAAUGAAUGUUGUGUUCUCCCCAUCCAAGUCAAUUAAUUAUUUCAAUGAAACAAGUAUUUAUUUACAAGUCGUAUCUUCGCAGAAACAAUUUUCUUUUAAAGUCAACUAUAUUGAAUCUAAUGUUGAGUUUCAACAAAUGAGUUCACCAUCUUCACGACCUAUAUCUCCUUGGAGUACAAGUUCAUCAAGUGCAGUUGGACGGUUAGAAUUGGAAUCUACAUGUUCAAGUUUAAUAUGGGGGAGUGUACCUUCAAAUACUAAAUCAGUGCAAAUAUUUACCUUACGCAACCGUGGUAUGCAUAAGGAAAAAUUGCAUUUAAGAAUAAAAGAUAAUAGAAAUUGUUUUAAGCUGAUAUCUUCUGGUGAAAAUCAAGUGUCAGAAAUGAAAUUGUUACUAGAGCCAAUGGAAAGUCAAAAACUGAGUGUAGCACUUAUAUCCACGUCAAAUGAAGGCCAGGCUUAUGGUCACUUAAUUUUGCAAAGACGACAUAGCAAUGAAAAACGUGUGAUUUCAUUAUAUGGUUAUUGUGGUCAUUCAGUAAUUGUAAUUCGUGGUCCAUUUGAGGACAACUUUGGUAACAUGUGGUUGUAUCCAAAUCCCCAACUUAUGACAUCUCAGUUGUCUAUAACAAACUCUGGAAAUACUGCUGCAUUUGUGAAAUUUGUUCAAGAAAACUCAUCAGAAGAUAUAAUUCAACCGGAUGAGUUUAUAUUGAAAAAAGGUGAAACCGUUAAUGUUGAAAUUACAAUAGUUAUGAGUCCAGAACGAUUAGAAAUGUUAAUUGGACAAAAUUGUAGCUCAAAAGUUAUUAAUAUAAAUAAAAUAUCAUUGAUUUAUGGUGAUGAAGCAUCUAGAAUGCGUUUAUCGAGGCUCUAUAAAAAAAAUAAAGAUAAAAAAAAAAUUGUAUACCUAAAUCAACAACGUUUAGAUGAAAUAUCAAACAUGUUCAAUGGGGUUCAUCUUGUUAAUGUGGAUCAUCUUGAAGAUACCGAGAAAUCAUUGCCUAAACUAUGGAAAAUGGGUAUAAGUGAAGAUAGUAUUGUGGUUUUGAUGGAAACAAGUAAUUUGGAGUCAUUAUUAUGUGAUACAACAACAGUUUUUAGUGAACUAGAGACAACUGUGUAA